AUGUACGAGAUGAACAACAAAAUGUUUUGCAUCAAAGCUCGGCAGGGUACUGGUACCUGCGGGGGGGACUCCGGUGCUGCCGCAGCUACCUUCGUCACUCGGCAGGGAAAAGGAUUUUGGGUUCAGCUCGGCGUAAUGAGCCAAACCCUAGACCUGAACUGCACCUACGACGUGGCUGCAAAAAUGCUGGCCCACGAUCCGUCGCAGCACUGCAACUUCUUCAAAUAUAACAGCGGACUUGACAUUUGUGUCGAUGUGCCCCCGAAG